AUGCUGGCUGAGGCGGCCCGACACCCGAAGGAUUUCGGAAGUCUGGAGCUUGGGCUCUCGGAGGACUGGGAGGCUCGAGAACAUAAGUACGGAGUGCAAUUUCACUACGGCGGCCCGGCCUUGACGGCGGGCGGCUUCGACGACUCCUUGAUCUUCAAGUACCAGGCAACGACUUUCCUCGUGGCCUACCACCUUAUCUUACCCGUUGUGGUCUUCUGCUGGCCCGAGGCGAAGGCCAUAUCUGAUUAUCUUCUACGGGCGAACGCUACUGCCACGCUGGCCGUGGUGGCCCGGCGCGAGGGCAAGCCUGUCCUCACGCUCUCCUGUGACGGCUCCGCGCAGCAGUCCUCGGAUGAUGCGACCUCAGGCUGGGCCUUCACCGUGGACGCGGCGGCCCGGGAGGGGCUGCCGGCGUGGGGGCGGCUGCUGGGCCUGCUGCUGGCGGCCCCGUGGCGGGUGCGCAGGGGCGGCGCGCCGCGCCCCCCCGAGGCCGACGGGCAGCUGGGCUCGCUGGUGGCGCUCGUCGCCGGGCCCCUCGCCGCGCGGGCGGCGCUGCGCGUCGGGCUGGAGCCCGUGGGCGCCAAGGCGGCGGCGCCAGCGCUGAGGCGCGCGAUGGCCGACGCCGCGAUGGUCGUGCCCGUGGCCUUCGGCCCGGCAGCCCUCGCGGGCCUGGAGGCGGGGGCGACGACCGACGACCUGCUGGCGCUGCUGCGCACGGCGCGCCUCUCGGGCCUCUGCAGGGCCGCAGGGGCGGCCGACGAGCGGGCGCUGGAGGAGGUCGACGGGGCGCUGCGGGCCGCCCUGGAGGGGGGCCUCGACGCCACGGCCGUCGUGCCACACCUGGCGGCGCUGGCUCCGGGGGAGCCCAUCGGCCGGAGGCUGGCCAAGGGCGCGAGGAGCCGGGCGGCGGCCGCGGCGCUCGUCCUGGCGGCCAUGCGGCUCCCCGCCGCGGGCCUCCCCACGGCGGACCUCGCCCGGCUGGCCGGGCUCGCCGGCCUGCCCGCUGGCCACGGCGAGGGCGGCGGGCGGACGGACCAGCGCGCGGCCGCGGCCCGCGCGCGCGGGGAGCUCUUCUUCGAGGACGUCGAGGGCGCAGGCGCGGCCGCGGGCGGGGCCAGCGACUCGGAGGGCAUCGGCCCAGACAGCGCCGCCGCGGCCCUCGAGGCCGUGCGCUCGGGGGCGCUCGAGCGGCUGGAGGGAGUCGAGGCCAUCGAGGGCGCCGAGGACGGCGAGCCCGGCGGCAAGAAGAGGGCCCGGCAGCCGCCCGGCGCCGAGGAGGACGAGGGCGCGGACGGCGACGACGCUGGCGCCGCGGCGGUGGGCAGCACGCCCGUAAAGCGCCGCUUGAGGAAGAAGAAGAAGGCGGUGGACGACGCGUGACCUGGCGGCUCGCCCACGCCGCCGGCCGCGUCGGGAGCGGAACCCGCGAGGUCGCAGACUGGUCGGCGGCGCGCAGAGGGGGACAGGGCAGCCGGGCGAGCUGGUGCGGCCUCGCCAAGAGGCACCCCGCCGCUUUGGGCGCCCCCCUAUCUCACUUGGAGGCCUUCUUACGCGGUGACUCUCUGAAAGGUCUGGUCCUUCCGAGGCCGCCCCCCUCGGUCUGCCACCGUGCGCGCGCCGCCCGAGAUAUAGGCCGCGUCUUGUGCUUCCCCAGAUCUGCUGCGAUCGCUAA